AUGGAUUGUGAGGGCUCACCGGAUUACAAGGCUCUCUACUUCGAAGCCAAGACAGAACUGGACAGAGAGAGGGAAAGAACCAGGAAAGCAGAGGAACGCGCUGAUGAAUUGGAGGUGGAGAGGGAACGGUUAAGAGAGGAAUUGGAGGUGGAGAGGAAACGAUCGAGACGUACGACAUUUGGAGAACUCCUUCAGUACUGCCAUACCAUAUUUUCAGCACCCCUUAGAGUCGAAAAGCUCACUAGCUGCACAGAGGUAGAGACCCUGCAGCCCAAAGGAAAAUAUUGCCCCUUGAAGCUCGAGCUAUGGAAAAGCUGUGAUACCGAGCAAGAAAAGAUCUAUCGGGCUGUUCGUAUGUACCUUGAGCCGCCAGGAAGUGCUGCGUUCAGGCUCUUCACACCUCGUCUUGGUUUGGAAAGCAUGGGCGAACAUUUUGACAGGCCAAUAAGCAGUGAACGAGAUGUGGCAGCUCAUGGACAGUUUACCGUGGAGAGCCAAGUCCAGAAGAUUCUUGCGGAGCUC